UUAUUUUAUACGUUUAGGAAUAACACAACAGCUUAGCUGAUAAAAUUUUUUAGUUAUUUUUUUCAAAUUUUACUGGACAUAAAAGGGAGAAUAAAAUAGUAAACGUUCAGAAAACGUAUAAAAUUCUUAGAAUUUGGUUAAUUGCUAGUGAACUGUAACGAAACUUAACAAUGGCGGAUACAGAGAAUACCGAAGAUGCCGGGGAGUACGAGGAGGAGCAAAAGUUCAUGGAGGAGCACAUGAUGGAGGAGGGGAUCGAGGACGAUCUGUUCUCGCGGCUGGGUGAGUCCUCCGAUGAUCCGGAGCAGAAGCGCAUGUACAUGGAGUACUUGGCACUCAUCAAGGAGAUCGACUGCCAGAACAAGAUCAUCCAGGACAUCAAGGGCAAUGUCAUGGACAUGUGCUCCAAGCCAUGCCAGACGCGCAACGACAUGCGCGAGAUCAAGCGCCUGCGUGUGUGCAUGGAGCAGGAGAACAUCAAGCUCCACACCAUGAUGCGGCGGGCCAUCGAGCUGCAGAACUUUGGCUCGCACCGUCACUACCAGGAGGUGAACCUGACCACCACCGUGGACGAGGACCAGCUCUCGCCCUACAUGUGCGGUAUUGGUGCAUGCAACGCUAUUCAGAACAGCGGCCCCACCGAGCCCUGCAGCGAUGAUGCUAGCUCCUGUGCCAGUGUCUGUGGUGGCGGUGGUGGUGGAGGUGGAGGAGCUGGUGCGAUGGAUGAGCGCCUAAUCUGUGCCCUGCAAAAGGCCAUGCAGAAGAUGAAGGGCGCCUGUCCGGAGGACAAACGGAUGAUGCAGGAGAUCGCCGCUGCGAUCAUGGCGUGCAAGAACAAGCCCGUUUGCAGCCCCGGACCCUGUGGGUCGAAGCCUCCCUGCCCGGAGAGCAGCAGCAGCGUGUGCCCGGCCGCACCGCCCUGUCGUUCGGCGAAGCGUUCGCAUGGCCAUGCCCAUGCUCCCCCAUGUCCCCAGAAUUCAUCGGCGCCCUCCCACACCGAGUCGAUGGACAAGCUGAAGCAUCGCAUUGUGAAAAUGCAAUGUUCGGUAAAGAAGCUGCUGCACGAAGUGAGCCAGCGCGAAGCCCAGGAUCCGUGCGAUGAUCAAAGUGAGGAUGAGGAUCCUUGCUCCCGCCCAUGUCCGGUACGCCCACCCUGCCCUGAGGAUCCUGAUCCACUGGUCAUCUGCGGUGGGAAGCGCAACACCAAGGCGGACAAGUACGAGAAGAUGAAGGAGAACUAUACGCGCCUGCUGACCGAGUUCCAGCGCAAGGAUUGCCAGAUGAAGGAGAUGCAGAAGCGAAUGAAGGGCAUUUGUGGAAGCAGUCCAUCCAAAGGCGCCGACGGAGAUGCCGAUGCCGCCGAGCUGAAUCUGCUUCGUGCACGCGUCAAUGAACUGAAGGAGGAGCAGCAGGAGUUCAAGUGCAUCAUGAAGGAGCAGUCGCAGCAGUUGGAGGACUACCGCAAUAAGUAUCUGCUGGCCCAGCAGAAGGUCGAGGAGCAGUGCGUCUCGCUGGAGAAGCUCAACAUGAACAACAAGCGCAUCGAGCAACAGAUCAAUACGGAGGUGAAGGAGAUCCGGGCCAAGUUCCAGGAGAAGCUCAACGAGCUGCUGCACUUCCCCAAGCUGCUGGAGAACGAGCAGUUGAAGCUGGCCCAGAUUUGCAAGGAGAAGGACGAGAUGCAGGGCAAGCUGGUGGUCGUAUGCAAGGAGCUGAAGUCCUGCAAAGCCCAGUUGAGCUCCCCCACCUCGGUGGACGUUCGCCCACAGCUGGCCCAGUGCCAGCUGGAGCUCACCCAGGCCCGCAACGAACUGGAGGAGCUCCUCCGUCAGCGCGAUCUCUUCUGCGAGCAGCUCAAGGCCACCCAGGAUGACCUCGACACCCUGCGCACUGAGUCCGCCAAGAUCAUAGCCGGCACCAAGGAGCGCGCCGAACUAAUCAAAUCCCAGCAGCAGGAGCAGAUUAAUCGCCUCGAAAAGGAGCUGGCCCAGUGUCGUGCCACCGCCUCACUCUCGGUCAACGAUCGCGAGGCUGUCAUCCGGGAGAUGCAGGGUCAACUAAAUACACUCUCCUACAGCUUCGAUGCCGCCCAGAAGCAGAUCAAGACGCUACGCAAUCACAUUGCAUAUGUGUCAAAUGAGAACUGUUUCCCAGUCAAGUGUUAAGCCGCAUCCAAACCCAUUUCCCCAAGGCCAGAGAGCAGUGAAGUUGAGCGACGAUUUAUAAUUCAAAAUUGCUCUGUUAACCCAUACAUUUGAGACCAAGUCCUAGUAAAUUUAAUGCAAUUUUUCGGCCCGAUAUACGAGCACCCAAAAUGCAAUUUGCUUUUGGAGAGUGUGGGCUAUGGUUGCAGUGGGAGCACAAGAUAUUGGGGCAUGUAACUGUGUGCACCUGUACUCUCACUGUGUAUAAAUUUGUAAUCCAAAAGAUAUGAAAGCUGAGGUCUCUGAUAUGGAGGGUUCUUAUCUGCUAGGUACACAUAUAAUUUAGAUUGUGUAAUUUUUCGUUUUUGGCGCUCCAUAGGAAACAAAUAUAUAAUAUAUUGCUUUA